AUCUGUGAUCAUGACUUCGGGUCUGCCUCCCUCUAAAGCCCUCUACAUCGGGAUGGAGGUGGUGAUCGCCGUGUCUUCGGUCAUCGGGAACGUGAUGGUGGUCUGGGCUGUGCGUAUUAACCGGUCUCUGAGAGACACCACGUUUUGCUUCAUCGUCUCCCUGGCCUUGGCUGACAUUGCAGUCGGGGCUCUUGUCAUCCCGCUCGCCAUAACAAUCAGCAUCGGACUCCAGACGCACUUCUACAGUUGCCUGCUGGUCGCCUGCACAGUGCUCGUCCUCACUCAAAGUUCAAUCCUGGCGUUGCUGGCCAUCGCCAUCGACCGCUAUCUGAGAGUCAAAAUACCCAUGAGCUACAAGCGAGUCGUGACCCCUCGGCGAGCCGGCACGGCCGUGUUGUUGUGUUGGCUGGUGUCCAUCAUAGUGGGCCUUGCGCCUAUGUUCGGCUGGAAUAACCUGCAGCGUCUCCGUGACAACGGCUCCGUGAUCACUGAUGACCUCUUGGUGACCUGCGAGUUUGAGACAGUCAUCAGCAUGGACUACAUGGUCUAUUUCAAUUUCUUUGGCUGGGUGCUGCCCCCUCUCCUACUCAUGCUGGCCAUCUACACUGAGAUUUUCUACAUGAUCCACAAGCAGCUCAACAAGAAGGUGACAGCGAGCCACACAGACCCGAGGCGUUACUUCGGCAAGGAGCUCAAGCUAGCCAAGUCGCUCGCCCUUGUUCUUCUCCUUUUUGCAGUCAGCUGGCUCCCUCUUCACAUCCUCAACUGCAUCACCCUCUUCUGCCCUGCCUGUCAGAAGCCAGUGUUCCUCAUUUACAUCGCCAUCAUCCUCACCCAUGGCAACUCGGCUGUCAACCCCAUAGUAUACGCUUUCCGCAUCAAGAAAUUCCGCACAGCAUUCUGGAAAAUCUGGAAACAGUACGUGCUUUGCCAGGAUCCAGUCGGUCGGCUUCCUCAAAGAGGGAGCCAGAGGGGACAGAGCCAUGAGAGGAGGCUGAGGCAGAAUGAUGAUGACGAUGAUGAUGUGUGACUUUUGGCAACUAAUUGUGUUGCUUUAUAACUGUAAAGUUUCACUCCAAGGGUUCACAGAACGGAAAGGAUUCUGGCUUUAUUUUCACGCUUGAGGGAUUACUGGUCAAACCGGCCUUAAUGGGAUCGAAGGAUGUCAGAGUGAUGAAACAGACGAGGGAACUCCAUUGUGGACUGAACGAUUUCAUCCAUCCAACAUGCUCAGAGAGGACAGGGCGACAAGUCAGAAUGGAGACAAGAUAAACUUUGAUUUAGAUAAGACUGAUUGUUUCUCCACUGGCUGACAAAAUGAUGAUGAUGUCAUAGGGGAUAAGGGGCUUCUCAUCAGUUUCAACACCAACCUGUUGAACUUGAAUCAGUAAGUGUAUACUGGAUCUGUAGCACAUAUGGUACAAUAGUAGUAUAUCCUGUAUUUUUUUUUUAUUUUUUAUCUGAUCUAAAACUCAUGACCUUUUUCAUGUGAAUGAUCUCAAAUAGUUAAGCAUCUUAUGUGCUACAUGAAAUUUGCUAAUUUCCGUGGCCUUAUGGACAGGAAAUGAAGAAGAGGAACUAAGAUGAACAGAGGAAACAUUUAAUAUUAGGAAUCUGGUAAAAGUCUGUGCAACCAACUUGGUGCUUCGAGAAGGACCAGGAUACAGGAUACAGGAUACAGGAUGUAUGCUGGCUGCAUGGAUGAAAAAAAAUGCUAAAUUGACUCACUUGGUGUUAAAAACCAGGAUCUUUGGUUUGAUGAACAUCUGCUUUACCAGCUGUGUUAAUGGUAAAGUUACGCCGUAAUUUGUCAGACUCAUGGACUUUUCACACAUGGCCUGUGGUGCAUUUGCACGUGUAAAGGUUUUUUGAAAUUUCUGACACCAUCUGACCAACAGAAUGACUGAUACUAGCUAAUAGUUGUACCUGAAAACAGCAUCAGUGUUAAAGAAAAUUUACUUGAUGUUCCUCAUUAAAUAUUUAUGAACAUGGACAAUGGUAAAAACCAUCAGCCACCUAUAGUAACUCUGUAACUCUGUAGCUACAUCAGUGUUGUUCAAUAGAAAACUGUGAAUCUAAAGAAUGUUUGAGCUCCUCCAUCCAAUGAGCUUCAUUCGAUCCUGGUUAUAAUCCUUUUAACUCUAUAACGUACCUCUUCUGUACAUUUAUCCGCAGGCCCUUUCCAAUGCUCGCAGGCGUUUUCACACUUUUUCAAACGGCUUCUCCCGAUGCUUUGUGAUGAAGUAGGUUUCCUUUUCAUCACAUCCUCUGUUGUUUUUUGUUACAGUGCUGACUUAAACUGACCAGCGUUGUCCUUUAAAAUGAGCAAGAUUUGACAGGAAAGACACGAGUGCUAACACCGAUAAAAAUGCACUGUAACUAAUAUAUGUAUAAAUAAUGUUAUUUGGGAGAUUGUAUAAGUCUGAAAUGAAAUUCGCCUCACUGACAAACAGCUGGUUAUCUGAUGUAUCCUCUUACAGCUGUUGAUAGAGUGAGCAGAUUGGGAAAUCCAACCUCCAAGCAAGUCAUUACAUUUUCUUUAUGACGACAAAUAAGUAAAAAAUGUCACAGCAUAUAGUGAGCUCUGAUUUAAAGUCAUAAUGCUGUAUGUGCAUUAGCAGGUGGAAACAUCAAAAUCCACUCUGCGCUUUAUGACAGCAUUUCACUUUCCCCUCCAUGCUUCUCUGUAUCAGGGCCAUCAGUGGUGGGAAGUCACUUCUCUGCACCCACAUCGAUCUUAUGUCACUCGGCAGAGAGUGUGCUCGUGUGGGUAAGUGAGGAGGGUGCAGGAAGAGUGGAAGGAUUAUUCCAUUUACAAGGGAAUCAGAGGGUGGGGGUGCAGCAGAGGAAUUCAUAGAGUUUACACCCCUGGUGAGGUCAACAUCAAGGCCACUGUGAUGUUCACACACACACACACACACACACACACACACACACACACACACACACACACACACACUCACACUCACCCAUUGCAUUUCUUCAUCAGACAAGUCUAAUCAUUGUAUUUCUGUGCUGCUGAAUCUGUUGAUUCUCUGCCCAUGUGAAAUCCUUUUAAAGCCACUAUGUGUAGAAUUAGCAUAUCGCAAAAGACUAUGAUGGCAAAUCUUCGGGUUGCACCAAUAUUUGUGUGUAGUAUUGCACGGAGCCUAAAGACCUGAAACAGAAAACUUUUAAAGUGAUAUCAGUUCACCUCAGUGAUAUCUCCACGAUCAAUCGAUCAGAUGCUCAAGGAGGUGAAAUUAAUUUCUGUGUGAAUUUGCACCUCUGACCAAUAACAAGCUAUCUUGAGAGUACUGACCUUUGAGUGGACAGAGAGUCCAAAAUUGAGGAAUUUAUCUUAUAGCUUAUUAGCUGUGUUGGACCAUUCACUUUUAUUUAAAAUCCAGAGUAAAAACAGUUGAUGGCACAAAUAUAUCUUUCUUAAUAAACUGUGAAGAUACUGCUCCAUUACUGGCAGAGCUAAGCUAACAAGCUAAUGAAGUUUACAAAGCUUGUUAGCUUGUGGAACUUUAUUUUCUUUGCUGAAUAACUUUUCAUUGAAUUAAAUGGUGUGUAAUGGUGAACAAAAUGCCAUUUAACAUAGUGAAUUUUUUCAUAAGGGGGGUGUCAAAGUCGGACAUUUUUAAUUAUACUCAUAGUGGCUUUACCUUUUAAUCUGUUUACUUUUGCUGAACCCAUGUGAUAAAUGAAACUUGAUUUUUGAAAUUAUAUGAGAUAUACAGUACAUUAACAAAAUCUAUAGCUUAGAUAUUAUAGGCCUACAUGUAGACAUGUUUAUCAGAAGUGCUCACAGCAGUAAGUGCUAAUAUGGUGAGCUGUUUUGUCCAUUUCUAAUUAUGAAGGAACAAGUGAAUAAAUAGUUCAGCAGAUGGAGUCAAAACACAGAAGGUAGACUUUUUAUUUCAUUUAUUACAUUGAUUCAGUGAAGUUGGCGUUAUCUGCUGUGCUGUUGGAAAAUACAUUUACAUUAAACACAGGAGAAAAGAAAUAAAGUUGCUUUCAUCAUGGAUGCUGACUACAAACAAUUUGAUGACACAAAGUGGGUUUCGUUUUGAAAUUCAACAGAAAUUCUGGAGGAGGUUGUAAGUCAAAGUCAUUAGUCACUUUACAAAUACCAGAGUAUUUCUCUCUCUGCCGCUCCCUCCUGUCAAGUCCCCACACUCUGACAAGUGACAAGUCAAGUUUAUUUAUAUAGCCCGAAAUCACAGGUUUCCCCCUGGGCCCCUGUAAAGUGUGUCACAAUGUGUAUGAUACAAAAAUUAAUUGACAUCAAAGAGGUCUAUGUUGGUGUUUUUUUUAUUUCUUUUUUUUUUUAAAUAAAAUUUGUGAUGGAUUUCUGACAAAAUAUAAAGAAGCCUCUUUAGCUCUCAAGCUCCAUGUAUUUUGUGUCUAAAAUCACUGGCAGUUUAAAGAAAGUAUAACUAGCAUUUUUAAUUUGUACAAGAGAAACCAAUGAGCUACAUUUGUUACAACUGCCUUAAUCAAUGAUAAUUAGUAUGUUUGUACUACUGAGAACUGUGACUUGAAUUUGUGACUAAUGCAAACCUGGGAGUCGUUGCAUUUAUGCAGUUUUAACAUGUCGGUUUCGCCUUUAAUGAGCUUUGUUUGUAUUUAUUCUAAAUUAAGUGUCUUAGUUUUGGUACUUGUGGAAUGGAAUGAAAACUUAAAGGCACGGACAGUGUUUGUUGGAAAUAGUCGUCCAAUAAUUAGAGAGAUUGAAACUUAAUUUUGCCCAUCACCCUUUAAAGCCUGUGGCUCUGGGUCCACCUCCCAGCUGGUUUCAUGCCUGGUGGCCUCAGAACUCCCUCAUCAUGUCUCACAGAGUUAGUGUGGCGUUGGUGCACACUGACAAAGAGCAGCACAGAGAGGUGUUACUGUGCAAACAGCUCGACUUUGGGAGUGGUUGUGAAUAUCUUCUGGACCAAGAAGGCAACAGCUGUAUAUUACUUCAGUUCAAAUAAAUACAUGAUAAGCAAA